AUGGCAAUGGUCUUGCUGCUCUCGCUCUCCCUGAUGAAUCGGAGGUGCCAGCAGCAGCCGGCUCUUCACACCAUGGAGCGAAGGAGACCGACCUUGACAUGCUCGACCGCGCUGAGCAUGACAGGAGGGAAGGACUCUGACGCUAAUGACAUGUCCGACAUCAUCGACUCAAAGCUCAAGGUCGGCGACAUUGUUCUCUGUCCUGGAAAGUGGGCGAACGAAGAUAUGGUUGCAGUUGUAGAGAACACACAGGUCGGCCCCUCGCUCUAUGGCAAGACCUACAGCCCAUGGCGGCAGCCCAUCAAGAGAUGGUUUGACGUCAGCGAGAUCCGUCCGGCUCGAGCGGAGUACGUGGAGGAGCAGGACGCGUGGCGGGUCGAGAACGCGCGCAACUUCGGCAACACGCCGGUGGUGGUGAACGAGACAGCGCGAGCCAUCGGGCUGGAGGAGUACAGCCAGCUCAAGUCUCAGAUCCUCGUCAACACAGGAGCGUUGGGUCUCGCAGGGAGCAUCGGACUCGCUCUUGUUGAUCAAGGGUGUGCGUCAAGCUUCGCGCUAGGAGCUCUGGCUUCCGUCGCCUACAUCAGCUUGCUUGCCAUGCAGGUUGAGGACGUCAGGCCUGGUGGGGCACAGAAUGCGGGGCUUCCGCUGCUGUCUCCGCGUUUCUUCGCUCCUCUAGCUCUAUUCGUCGCUCUCUACUUCAAGUUCACCUACAACCAAGAUGCUUCUGAGGCGAUGGGUGGCUUCCCCAAGAUCCCUCCUCGCGAGAUCGCGUCAGCCGCCAUCGGGUUCCUCUGCUACAAGAUCCCCCUGCUCUACGAGAGCACCAAGGAGGUGUACGCGUCGCUCGAUGACGCAGGCGAGGGGCUGGAGAGCGGUGAGCAUGCGAUCAUUCGGGCGAGUCUGAGGAGCGAGCAGGCAUCUCAGAGGGCUACAAGCAGUGGCAGGGAGAUGAACCCGCAGACGACGUGGAAUCCAUUCACUCGUAUCCGCCUAGCGGUGGAGCAGCGAUACAAGGAGGAGGAAGCGAGGAAGAACGGAAGUGCUAGCAGCGAUGAUGGCGAGUAG